CCGCCGCCCUCGCUGAAGACGCCACGCUGCUUGUAGUUAAAGGGGUUUCAACGCCUGUCCUUGGAGAUUGAGCACUCAUACUCCGACCUUGGCUCACAGUAGCCAAACCUGUAAUACGGCAUCGCCACAAUGGGUGUUGCCCUGAAAGGAGAGGGGGGGAAGGUGUCGCCGACACGGGCCCUGGUUGCCACGGCGGCCGCCUUCGUCGCGGCACACUGGCUGCUCGUCCUCGUCUCGGCCCUCGUCACACGCGCGCUGUACAAACGGUAUGCGUCGCCGCUGCGCAAAUAUCCCGGUCCCGUCUUCGCAUCCUUCUCGCGCCUCUGGAAGGUCAAGUCGACGGCGUUAGGCAGGACACACCUCGAGCACAUCGAGCUGCACAAGAAGUACGGGCCCAUCGUGCGCGUUGCGCCCGACGAGCUCUCGCUGGCGUCGCCCGAGGCGGCGCGGGCGCUGCUGAGCGCCGGCAAGCGCUUCUUCAAGACGCCCUUCUACGGCGUGUUCCCGCCGCCCGAGAACCCCGACAUCUUCACCGAGACGCGCGAGGACGUGCACGCGCAGAAGAAGCGCGUCGCCAACGUGCCCUACAGCAUGGCCGCCAUGCAGCAGCUGAGCCCCUUCAUCAACGACACCAUCGAGCUGCUGGCCCGCAAGAUCAACGCCCACAUCAGCGAGAACGCCGGCGUCUUCGACCUCGGCGCCUACCUGCACUACUUCGCCUUUGACGUGCUGGGCGAGGUCGCCUUCAGCCGCAGCUUCGGCUUCCUCGCCGAGGGCCGCGACGUCGACAACGCCAUCAAGACCAUCGACAACUCGCAGACGUACAACGGCAUCGUCGGCCAGGUCCCCGAGCUGGACCACCUGCUGAGGAGAAACCCGCUGUGGCAGUUCGUCCCGUGGCUGAGCACCAAGAACGCGCUCAUCACGAGGAUGGCGCUCGAGGAGAUGGCGCACCGCCGGCCCUUCGACAAGGACAACGCGGGGCUCUUGAGGACCGGCGACGGGAGGCAGGACCUCAUGGCCAGUCUGAUCCAGGGCCACCUCAAGGACCCGGAGCGGUUUAGGGAGGGCGACGUCUUUGCGGUUGCCCAUGGUGCGAUCUUCGCCGGCUCCGACUCGACCGCAUCGACCAUGCAGUCCUUCUUCUGGCACAUCCUGGCGGCGCGGCCCGUGUACGAGAACAUCGUGCGGGAGAUCGAGGCGGCGGUGCGCGACGGCGUGAUCCCGGGCGACGGCAACCUGUCGUGGAACCAGGCGCAGAACCUGCCAUACAUCCAGGCGUGCCUCAAGGAGGCCAUGCGCGUGCGCCCCGCCGUCGGGCUCAACAUCACGCGGCUCGUGCCGCCCGAGGGCGCCGAGCUCGACGGCCACUUCUUCCCCGGCGGUACCAGCCUGGCCGUCAACGGCUGGGUGCUGCACCGCGACCGCGACGUGUUCGGCGCCGACGCCGACGACUUCCGCCCCGAGCGCUGGCUCGAGGACGACGAGCGCGCCAAGCGCAUGGAGCGGUACAUGUUCCAGUUCGGCGGCGGGAGCCACUUGUGCAUCGGCCGCAAUCUCGCCCUCUUGGAAAUCAACAAGGUCGUGCCCCGGCUGCUGCGCGACUACCGCUUCGAGCUAGCUCACCCGGGCCAGCCGCUCAAGGCCCACUCGUCCUUCUUUGUCGUGCAGGAGGGGCUCGAGGUGUAUAUCCGCAGAAAUAAAUGAACUCGAGGCAUCUCGGGUUACACGACAAUGAGAGGGACGUCUGCUAGAUACUCAGUCAUUCUUCCCGGCUGUUUGAGCAGCGAUAACAUGCCAAGGUACGGCCUGAGAUAUGAUGGGAUGAAUAAUUUGGAGCAGGAAGCUUGAUGAGGUCAGACAAGAACCAGGACAAAUGGGCGGGGGCACACGUAAGCUCGUUUUAUCUCGGAACUGUCUCUCGGACUGUAUCUCGGACUGUACAUAGAUCGGGCCAACCCCGGGGCUCGUGGAAUAUUAUAUUCACUUCGACAUCACUCGC